AUGCUUGUUUCGAAGAAUUUAGAUUCUGAAAAUGAAAACAACACCAACUUGCAAAUUCAAAGACACAACCUAUCCUUUAGUCCUAUAUAAAAAGAAGAUUGGACUUAAAUAAUGGAAGAAGAAUCAAUCAGUGAUUUCAGACAGAAUGACUUAACUUUAGCUUUGUUCUAUACUACUACUCUGACACCAUAAAAUCAUAUCGAUUUGAUCAAUAUAUUCUCUAAAUCCAAAGAAUUUUAAAUGGCUAAUCCUGAGGAACCAAAUGCGUAUUAUGCAGAAUUGAUUGAUAGAGAUAUUGGUAGAACUUAUCAAUAGAUUCCAUAUUUUAAAGAUAAAUAAAAUUAAGAUAAAAUAAGAUAACUUCUGGUGAAUUAUGCAUAACAUGAUCCAGAUGUUGGUUAUGUUUAAGGGAUGAACUUCAUAGCAGGAACCUUAGUUUAUUUUUAAGUUCCUUAAAAUUAAAAAAUCUUCAAUGAAUUAAUCUACAAACAUAGAAACAAUUAUGUUACAGGAACUCCUGGUUUAUUUGAAAACUUAGCAAAACUGAAAUUCAAAUUGAAGGCUAAAAUUCCUUAAUUAUUUAAACAUCUGCAAGAAAUUGGACUUAAUGAUUUAGGCAUUAGCUUUAGUCCUUUUUAUUUAACAAUGAUGCUUUAAAGCACACCAAUCCAAUACUAGAUGAUAAUCUUAAACAUUUAUUAACUCAUGGGCUAAAAAUAUAUCACAAAAUUGUUAGUAGCCAUGCUUAAACUUUCGAAAAAAGCAUUGAUGAAACUGAAGGAUGUAGAAAAUGUUAAUAAAUAUAUUAGAACCCAAUUGUUAGCUAACUUUUUCUAAGAAAUUGAAAUAUGUAGGAAAGAACAACGACUUAUUCAACUCUUUUUUAAUAUUGGAUUAAUUAGACGUAUUAAUGAAUUUUGA